AUGGAGCGACAACGACAAAUGGAAGCUAGAGAUCUAGAGCGACAGAAGCAACUGCUGACAGCGAGAGCUGAGCUUGAGUCUGCUUCAGUGUGUGGCAGUCAACAGUCAAGCCGCCCUAGUAAUCGAUCUGAAACCAAGGUAGGACUUAGCAUAAAUCUUGAUGAUGAGGAAGAACCGCAAAGCAAGGUUGAAAGGUGGUUGAAUGAAAAAGAACCGACAGUUCUUAAGUCCUCAUCAGCCAUCAUGACCUCAGCCGUGCAAAAGCUUGCGGAUACCUUCCAAAAAGCUAUACAGCCUGUUUCAUUUCGUCAAAAACUUCCAAGCUUCAGUGGCAAGCCUGAUGAAUGGCCGAUAUUUUUUUCGGUGUAUGAAAAAACUGCCUAUUUUUUUAGUGAGGAUGACAACCUCAUAAGAGUAAGGAAUUGCCUAGAGGGAGAAGCAUUUAGAAUGGUUAAGCCUCUUUUUGUCUCAAGUCAAAAUCUUAAGUCAAUUAUCAAGACCUUACAGAUGCGUUUUGGUAGACCAGAACUCAUUUUGGAGUCAAUGUUAAAAAAGACUCGUAGGCUACCUUCAGUCAAGGAAGACGACACUACAAGUCUUGUUGAGUUUUCGACAAAUAAUUUGAAUUUUACUGCUACAGCAGAGUCAUUACAUCUAGAAAAUUAUGUAUUAAACCCUUACUUACUAAAUGAAUGUCUCAACAAACUUCCCUAUAGUUUAAAAUACAGGUGGGCUGAGCAUGUAAGUAAUAAUGCUCUAAGCAGUCCCGACUUGAAGGAGUUUUCCACUUGGUUGGAAAAACAAUGCCCAAUCCCGAGUAUUUACUUUCGUCCUACAGAAGAGAAACUCUGGCAGAAGAAAACUGACAUAAAGCCGGUUUAUACCAGUUCUACCGAAGACAAACAGUUUAACUGUAUGUUUUGUCUCGACAGCCAUGAAAGUGAACGAUGUGGAGUUUUCAGGAAGGCAGAUGUAUCGCAGAGAUGGAAAAUGAUUGUCGAAAAGAAACUAUGUUUCUUCUGCUUUCGACGUCACCAGCUCCAAAAAUGUAAAGUAAAAAAGGUUUGUGGGAUAAAUGGGUGCAGGUUGUUUCACCAUCGUCUUCUCCAUACUGACAAAAUUGAGAGGUUUCCCAAACAGGACAGCGAACCGCAAAAUAAAGAAAUUAUUAGCAGUCAUGUUGUUAAUAACCGUGUUCUACUAAGAGUAUGUCCAGUGACAUUAUAUGGCCCAAGUUGUCAUAUCGACACUUACGCACUCUUAGAUGACGGGUCAACUGUAUCUUUGUUGGAUUCAGCUACAGCCGAUAAAUUAGGCGUCAACGGUAGUAUUGAACCCCUCACGACAUGCUGGUCCAAUGCAACCCAACAUUUCGACCCAACAUCCAUGACUGUGAAAGUUAAAAUUAAAGGGUUAUAUGAGGACGAAGUAUUUACAUUAAACAAUGUACGAACCCAGUCACCAUUGGACUUACCAAAACAAAUGGUGGAUACUGUCAAACUAAAAAAGAAGUGGUCUCACUUACGGUCAAUUGGUCAACCUUUACCGUCAGCAAAUUUGAAACCUACAAUACUUAUAGGUCAAGACAACUGUGACCUUAUUCUAGCUAGGAAAAUAAUUGAAGGUCCUCCCAACUCUCCAGUCUUGUCUUGGAGCCGUUUAGGCUGGACAUUGCACGGUAAAUGUCAUGAACACAUUGGGCGAGUAGAUAGUCAAUUCACUUUAACGUCUUUUGAAAGUGAAAAACUUCAUGAUAUUAUCAAAGAUUCUUUUGAAAUCGAGAAUUAUGGCGUGUCCCUAGUAGAAGAUGACAAUGUGAAAUCAGUUGAAGACGAAAAAGCCCUCAAGAUUUUAGAAGAUACGACCAAAAAAGUAGGGGAUAGGUAUGAAUCCGGCCUACUAUGGAAGUCAGAAGACUUUAAAUAUCCACCGAGCUAUGAAAAUGCGCUGAAAAGGCUUAAGGGUAUUGAAAGGAAGAUGGCAAGAGACAAAAACUUUCAUAACAAAUACAAAGCCAAGAUCACUGACUAUGAAGAAAAAGCAACGCCAAGAGGUUUCUACAAAUUUACCCAGAAGCAAGUAAAGCGAUCCUCUGCAGUGAAUACAUGGACAAUCUAUUAG